GUCGAACGUGAACGAUUUUUUAACCGUGCUGGUUCAACAGCGAGACGCGUCUGGCGGUGCGCAAAGUAACUCGAUCGCACAAACGGCGAGUCAAUCGAUUUCUUCCGAUUCGGACUCGAUCGAGGAAGACGGGGAAGAAGACGACAAAACGGAGGCAAACGAGACGCAGACUAACCCCAAAAAAUAGCGCGGCAUUUUUAUCGGAUCCGCCGUGCUCCGUGAUGACAGAUGGCUAGAACGCGAUAACACUCGUUCCUCUACGCGAGAUCGAUAGCCGUUAAACGACGACGGACGUAGCGGCGGACGCAGCCUGCCAAGGUCGAAGCACAACCUGCUGGAACAUGUCUACUACAUUGUCAAACGAAGCUCAACUACGUUACAUGAUAGAAUGGUUUCAAGAAUGGUCCGAAAUGCAGCGGAAUGAUUUUUUGAGUGUGUUGUUGGAGAAUUGUGGUCCUUCAGGGCUUGUGAAUGGACUAGUCGCUGGAAUGGAAAAGUUGGGUUGUGAAGGAUCUGAUAGACCACCAAGCUUGUUUCAGUGUCGCGUUAAGCUCUUUAGAGAGUGGAGUAGCAAUUGGUCACAACGUGAAAAAGAUUCUUUGUUAACAGCUAUUAAGAAUACAGAUAGUAAGUUUGCUGAAAAGUAUGAAGAAAGAUUAUCAGCAUUGGCAGAAGAUAAACAGUAACAAGCAAGCAUCUCAUAUUUUACAACUUAUUCCAUAGACAUAGCAUUUCUAGUUUCUUUUUAAAUUAUGACAAAUUUGGGGCAAGUUUAUCUUUUUAUAUUUAUAUAUUUAUUUCUUAUAUAUACACACACACACACACACACACACACAAGUUAUUUAACUUGAAAGUGUCAUAAAUAAAAUUUUGAUGUUGAUAAUCACAUAUCAAAUUAUCUCCACUAUUUUAUACAUUCUUUGUUACUAAAAUAUAGUUUGUGCCACUUUCAAGAUUAAAAAAUUCUUUCUAAUUUUAAUUGACAUAAAAUAUUUUUAAAAAUUUUCAAUUACUAUGAAAUAGAUACAUGUUAAAACUAAUAAAUUGAAAUUGCUUAAAGUAAAAAGUAAAUGUAUAAAUAUUUCUAAAAAUUUUGUUUUCCCAUUUUUAUUGAUGUGGAAAAUGUAGCUCUUUUAUUAUAUACAUUCCUUUAUCUUUGCAUUUCAUAUGUUUAAUAUUUCAUCUAAACAUUGUCAUUACGGUCAAGUCUUAUCUAUAUUAUAUAUUAUAUAUAACUAAAGUUAUGAAACUUUAUAUGCGUAUAUAUGUAUAACA